AUGAAGUUCCUUCUUACCUCCUCCGGAGCGGGCAGUAGGCGGGAGUUGGGCCACGAUUUGCACCAGUCAAAAGCUUCCUUGCCGUACCGUCAGCUGGUGCUGACGGCCGUGGACGGGGGCAGCCCGGCCCGCUCGGGCACGGCGCAAAUAACGGUCCUGGUCCUGGACAGCAACGACAACGCGCCCGCCUUUGACCGCGCCGUGUACAAGGUGCGAGUGCCGGAAAACACGCCCGCAGGGGCUCUGCUCCUCCGGCUCAACGCGUCAGAUCCCGAUGAGGGUCCCAACGGGGAGACGCAGUACUCCUUCGGGGUCCACACCCCCGACUCGGUCCAGAGGCUUUUUACCCUGGAUCCCCGCAGCGGUGAGGUGCGGGUGAGAGGGGCCCUGGACUUCGAGGAAUCGCCUUUCUACGAGAUCCACGUGCGAGCCCGUGACGGCGGCGUGCCGGAGAUGGAGGGCCACUGCGUGCUCCAGGUGGAAGUGGGGGACGCCAACGACAAUCCCCCGGAGGUGCUUCUCACCUCCCUGCUCAACCCGGUGCCGGAAGACACCCCGCCGGAGACCGUCGUGGGGCUCUUUAAUGUGCGGGACCGAGACUCGGGGGCCAACGGGGCCGUGAGCUUGGAGAUUUCCCCCAACGUGCCUUUCGCCGUCAGAUCCCUUCAGAAUCACUUCUCGCUGGUCACCCGGGAGAGCUUGGACCGAGAAACCACCCCGCAGUACGCAGUGGAGCUGAUCGCCCAUGACGGCGGCUCCCCCACCCUCACCACGAGGCUCACGCUGCUCCUCAACAUCUCCGACGUGAACGACAAUCCGCCGCGCUUC